AUGGCUGACUUUAUCCAAGCUCUUGACCCCUCGCGCCUCGUAUUGAUGGAAACGGUUCUGUCCUUCGUGAUCAGCCCCUUCACCGCACCUGCAUACAAUCUCCCUAUAUUCUUGUUCGGCAUCUAUGCUCAGGAGAACACUGAAGCAGUCCAGUCGCUUCAAGUAUUUACAGGCCUAGUGGGCGCGUCUGCAUUGGCGGACCUUGCAUGGAUGCUCAGGAAUGAACAGAACUGGUUCAUAAAGCUGCUCAAUGUUCUCAUCUUGGUGCUCAAGGCUCCAACAUUCCUUGCGUUUGCGAGCUCUCUCCGCUCCAGAGGCGCACAAUUCUCCAAUCUCGGAGGUAUAGGUGGUCUUCGUGUCUGGUCCAUGCCAGGGGGCUUUACAUCAGGAGGAAGAGAUGGCUAUCAAACCGUCGACGAACCUACACCAGAAACCGUUCGUCCUCCACCCGGGCCUCCCCCGCCGUCCUCGAACCACCACCAACAAUCUCAAGCAGCACCGGGAGCGUAUCAGUCUGUGUGA